GUCUGUCGUUGUUGGGGUUCUCCGCAGCUGCCGGGUUCGGGGGCGGGGCGGGAGAGGAGCGGGGCUGAACGGCCAAUCAGGCGGCGCCGCUGCGUCAGUUACAUUAGCGUUAGGAGCGAGCUAGGGAGGUGCAGGCGGCGUGAGCGUCUCUGUGUUUCUUUCUCGGGGGGAGGGGCAAGGAGGGGAUUCGCAAGGCGGAAACCUGGCGCGCACUCUGGCUCUACGGUUCCGGGACUGGACCAUGGCGGUAGCGGCCACCUGGCGUCCCUGGGCCCUGUUCUAUCUGGCGGUGGCCGCACUGCUCUUUCCCGGGGCGGCCGGACAUUAGAAGAUAAUGGCAUCAAACUGGAACAAAAGUAUAAAUUGUAUCAAGUUGCACUCAUUGGGAAUCCUGUAACAAAGGAGAGCUGGAAACAAAAUUAAUGGGGAAAGUAAGACACCAAAUACUUUAUUUAGUGAUAGAGGUAUCAAUGUGUGUCUACAAAUUCUGGAGAUCAGAAAGAUGAGUGAAUGUAACAAAGUCAACCCGAAUCUCAUUUCUCACUUCAGCAUUACAGUGUUACUGCCACCUGUGUACAAAAGACAACUUUACAUGUGUGACAGAUGGGCUGUGUUUUGCCUCAGUAACACGAACUGCAGACAAAGUCAUACACAAUAGUAUGUGUAUAGCAGAAACUGAUCUAAUUCCCCGAGACAGGCCGUUUGUUUGUGCCCCUUCCUCCAGAGACGGUGUCAUUACUGUGCCUCAUUGCUGUGACAGAGACCACUGCAAUAAAAUAGAACUUCCAAUUCCAACACCAGGCCCUACUCCAGGAAAACCAUCUUCUAAUCUAGGACCUGUGGAACUGGCUGCUGUCAUUGCUGGACCUGUCUGCUUUGUCUGCAUUUCACUAAUGUUGCUUCUCUAUCUUUGUCAUAAUCGUACUGUAAUUCAUCAUCGUGUGCCAAGUGAAGAAGAUCCCUCAUUGGAUCGUCCCUUUAUAGCAGAAGGAACUACUUUAAAGGAUUUAAUUUAUGAUAUGACAACUUCAGGAUCUGGGUCAGGUUUACCUUUACUUGUGCAAAGAACAAUUGCAAGAACUAUAGUACUUCAAGAAAGCAUUGGUAAGGGUCGCUUUGGAGAAGUCUGGCGAGGGAAGUGGAGAGGAGAAGAAGUUGCUGUGAAGAUCUUUUCCUCAAGAGAGGAACGCUCAUGGUUUCGUGAAGCAGAAAUUUAUCAAACAGUUAUGCUACGGCAUGAAAACAUUCUUGGAUUUAUAGCUGCAGACAACAAAGACAAUGGUACAUGGACUCAGCUGUGGUUGGUGUCAGACUAUCAUGAGCAUGGAUCACUCUUUGAUUACCUGAACAGAUAUACUGUAACAGUGGAAGGAAUGAUAAAAUUAGCUUUGUCCACUGCCAGUGGUCUUGCUCAUCUUCAUAUGGAAAUUGUUGGCACGCAAGGCAAACCAGCAAUUGCCCACAGAGAUUUGAAAUCCAAAAAUAUAUUGGUAAAAAAGAAUGGAACAUGCUGUAUUGCAGACCUAGGAUUGGCAGUUAGGCACGAUUCAGCUACAGACACAAUUGAUAUUGCCCCAAACCACAGAGUGGGCACAAAAAGGUACAUGGCACCUGAAGUUCUAGAUGAUUCCAUAAAUAUGAAACAUUUUGAGUCAUUCAAACGAGCAGACAUCUAUGCAAUGGGAUUAGUGUUUUGGGAAAUAGCUCGGCGAUGUUCGAUCGGUGGAAUCCAUGAAGAUUACCAGUUGCCAUACUAUGACCUCGUUCCUUCAGAUCCUUCUGUUGAAGAAAUGAGGAAAGUUGUGUGUGAGCAGAAGUUAAGGCCCAACAUUCCAAACAGAUGGCAGAGCUGUGAGGUGUUACGAGUAAUGGCAAAAAUUAUGCGGGAAUGCUGGUAUGCCAACGGAGCUGCAAGACUGACAGCCUUGCGCAUUAAGAAAACAUUAUCGCAACUCAGUCAGCAGGAGGGGAUAAAGAUGUAAUCCUGGGUUUGCUACUGAAGAAUACUGUAAAAAUCCGUAUCUGCACCAGAGUGGAGUGUUAAGAAGGUUUAUUGUUCUACCUCAUUGGGGGAACAGAAGGAUAUUGCUGCCUUUUAGUACUUCUUAGGAACGUCACUUAUUAGGAUUUUUGUGGACGUGCUAAACAGUUGUGUUGGGUCCUUUCUGUGCACUAUAAACCUCUUUCCCAGGUUACUUACAAAACAGUGUGUAGUCUAGCUUUAUUUUUACUAACCUGUAAUUUUUUAUUUGGAAAGUUGAUAGCUGGUUCUAACUUCUAGUUAACUGUGCUAAACAUAGGAGGUCACUUUUAAAAUGGAACUAGUUACCUGUAUUGUUCUAGAGUGUGUUGAUGGCUCUUGAAGCAGCUUUAUUCCUGGCUGGUACAUUGACCAUUCUGAAUCAUUGUCACAGUUCUUUGAUUCAGACUGUGAAUGUACUGUUGGAGUAUGCUUUGCUAGCUCUUAAGGUAGUAUAUCUUUUGGACUCUUACCUUGAUUUACAAAUUGGCCUCAUUCAGUUGUGGGAACAUAAUUUGUGCAACUAUACUUUGUACAUGAUUACUGGCGCUUUUUCCACUUUUUCAGAACGUUGCAUUGCCUUCAAAGUAGAUUGUAUUAUACCAGUAAGUGCCACUUUGAGUCUUUUAAUGCAAAACAGUAGGAGUAUACAAAGCCUAUGGUACUUUUGGUUUCAGAAAUACAAGGUAAAAAUAAACUGCUCCUUUGCCUAGCUGAGAUUUAGUUUGCAUUCUUUUCAGCAAGUGAGUGUGUAAUUCAUGGAAUACCUUUAAUUUUACCAAAAUCUGACUCUUUAAGCCACUGUAGGAGUUUUAAAUAGUGUAAGCUAGUUAAUUCACUGUCAUAUUUUGUAAUUGUCAAGUAAUGAGUAAUUUUUUUUUUAAUCAAAUGGUACUUCUGUAAUGCUUGAAGUACCUAUACUUCAGAAAGGUAGCAAGAGGAAUAAGAUGUUCUUAAGGGAGAUUUUGCUCCAUUAAAUCAAACAUGGAAAGGAUAUUUUCUGUGCAGUUCUGCAGUCUUAAGGCUCAAAGAAAACUAUUUGCAAUUAAACAGGAUUAAGUGCGCCUGUAAUUAGGGAGAUGUUAUUAGGGCUUUUGUACUAGAAAGUUCAAAGCUGCUUAUAAAUUAUAUGUGUAUAUUUUGUGUGUGCCUCAUACAUAGAAAGUGGUGAUCUACAGAAAGUGGUGAGCUGCAGGUCUUUGGAUACAAAUACCAGAGGAUUCCAGCAAUCCUCUUCAUGGUUACAAGAACAAUGCUUGUGUUGUCUUAAGAACACAGAAGAAUGCGCAGAGCUUUAGUCAAAAUUUGACUGAGAUUUCAAAGGUAUCACAAGUUUUUUUGCAAACUUGUUUAGAAAUUGAAUUUCUUCCUGCCCAAAUGUACAAUUUCUAAUUUUUUGCUUUGUGAUAGAAGCUUGCAAAAAGAAAGUCCUUGAUACAGUGUGUGACAUUAGGAACAUUGUUUUGGGACAACUUUAUUAUUCAUAUUGGAAUGUAGAACAGUAAAAUUCUGGAUAGAGCUAUGUGUAUACUCUGUUCUGACAACACAACUUCAAGCUUUGUUCUUCUUUUCCAUUAUAUAAAACUGAACACCUUUUACAAAGGCUGUGUCUGUAUAUAUUAUGUAACUUUAAAUGUUACCUGUGUAAGAUCAUAUCUUAUAUAUAUGGACACAGGUACACGUAGGUAUUUUUUAAAUUAAGAUUGUAAUAUCACCAGAUCUGCUUUUGGAAAUCCAUGGGGACCAAAAUAUUUUAGCAUUCAGAAUAUUAAUUUUGUAUCAUUUCAAGUAUAUACCAAAACAGUUUCUGAUACUGAUGCAAAUGUUUAUUGUAAAUAUUACAAACAUUAUGCAUUCACUUAUGUUUUGUGGAUUUAAUCAAUUUGACAUUUUAGUAGCAUUGAAGCCUCAGUUGGGUUUACAGACUUCUGACCACGUGGAUAUGGACAUGGAGAAUAAAGAGCAUUGGAAAUGGUCUGAUGCUGAAAAGCCCAAAACAUGUUGGUUUUGGAAUGCUGGAAUUCUUCAGGGACCUUUCAACCUUAAAAGCUGGAAUUCUGGGAUGCUUCUCAAGCUGACUUUCCCAGUAUGACACACUGUCAACCUCCAGUGGUUCCACUUCUAAUCCUGAGAAAGACUUUUGUAUAUAGGGUAAAGACAUUGGGAUUGACUCUAUGGGGACAUGAAGUUGUCAUGUGAAAGAAGAGGCUAUUUUUUUUUUUUUUUCAGUGAUGGUUCUGAGUCUGAUUGCCAUGAAAUUCACCUUUUAGUUAGUUCCUUGUUUAUAUUGUGCCAUUGAAGUCAGGGCAAGGUGUUAAUCAUUUUGUAUUUUAAAAAAAUUUUCACCAUAUCAGUUGCUUUAAAUUCAGAUUACCUCUUAAAAGACCAAGGUACAUUUACCUCGUGUAUAUAAUGUUUAAUAUUUUCCAGAACAUUCUCCAGGUUUGCAGUUACAAGUUUCUAGAAAUAUGGGUAUUACUCAAUCUACAACUUCAGCGGUACUAUGUGUAUUAUCUGGUGCCCCCAAACACUUUAAUUUUCUGUAUUUUAUUGUAUUAGCAAGUUUGCUGCUUUGUCACUGUAGCACCUGCCCUUACAUAGCUGUGUGGAUACUGCCUUGUAAAUUUUACUUUUUGGAUGAUUUGAGGAUCCUGUACAGAUGAACGUCACUUUUCUAAACCUUACAAAAUUGUGCAUUUCCCUUACAUUUCUGAAAAUAUAUAUUGUAUUUGUAGAGUAUACAUUUCAAUGGAUUGUAAAUAGGACAGUAGAAAAGUGGAUGCUUACGUUAAGUGCUAACACUACAGUAGAGAGAUGAAAGCAGUGAAAAUAAAUAACUUUUUUCAAAA